AUGCCGGACGAUGAAAUGGAGAUGGCUGUUGAUUUCGGCCAACCUGGCUUUGGUGAGGAUAUCGACAUAGAUUUAGAUUUUCCAGCUGGAGAGCCCGAUGACGACAUGGACCUGGGAGACUUUGACGCAAUCCACGAUAUCCAGAACUUUAACACAGAUCCUCCUCUUGUCCCAGACUUUAACUCAGGUUCUCAUCUUGUUCAGAACUUCAACUCAGAUACCCGAGAUGAGCUUAUGGCAGAAGGUGAUGAUGCGUCCUAUGGCAUGGUUGAUGCUAUAGACAUUGAUCCCAACGCCUCGACUGCGCUUGUUACUGACGUUGAUAUUGAACUUGAACAAACUGUUGAAAGCAUCUGGCAACAAGAUCCACAGCAAGCGGCUCAUUUUCAGCCAGAUACUGGGGUUAGCUACCUUAAUGAGACUGUGGUAGAAAAUAUGGAUGCCGAAAAAAAUGAUGUUGAGGCUAGUGAGUGGCUGCCUGCAGCAACGACUUCCCAAGACACAGACAUCAUGGAUCAUGCCAAUAGCGUGUCUGUUGAAAAACUUACAGCUAUUCAAGAAACGUAUGAUGAAUCCCAUGAGGAAAACCCUACAUCCUCCCUCGAGAAUGUUUCCCCACCAAUCCAGACAUCGCAUAUCAACGCGGAAGCUUCUCAAUCCCCCAGCGCUUUAGAUUCGAAAGGGAUUGAGGAGCCAAGUGAGGCCAAUGAUGUACACGAAGAUGGAGUAGAACCUGAUAUGUCCCAUCAGUUAUUGACUGUGGACCAUGAUGAAGAGAGCGCUGGCCACACGAAUGCCGAUGAUAGCGGCAAACCUCAUAGCCCAGUUACUGAGGUGCAAGAAUUGCAAGAGCGUCCGGAAAAUGAUUUUCCUGAUGAAGAGUCUCAGUCAGAGCCCGAUCAUGCUGAGGAACAUCUUGUAUCUCAUGGCCUUGGACAGCUUGGACAUUCUGAGGCUAACAGGCCAGAUGAUGUGAAGGAAGAUCACGCUGAUCCAUCGCAGCCUGAGGAGGCAUAUGAAUCCGCUGAUGAUGCCUCACAAUUUCAUGAAGACACCACCAAUAACCAAACCGUUGCUGAUGACAAUGCCCCCCAAGCUGAUUCUUCUGCACUCAACAGUUUUGAUCCGGAAUAUGUAGAGGCUGAUAUUGUACGAAAGGUUGAGAGCGAUCAGAAACAGGAAUCUACUGGUGGGGUCGGUGAUAGAGAUGAUCCUGUCGAAAUAACGAACCGGUAUGGAGUCUACAUCUCAUACGGCGAGACAGAUUACCGGCUCUUUGCUAGUUCCGAUGAUGAUGACCCAAACCAAUAUUUCCUCACAGAUAAAGCGGCCCUCGACGUAUCUCUCUCCCAAUUUUUGACAAACCUACGGGAGGUGAUUUCUGAAGAAAUAUCCCCCUUGGAUGACUUGGUACUGGAAAUCGACGGCCUUGGCCUCGAGUUCUCCGAAUCUACAACUCCCGAUUUUCUUAGCAAGUUUACCUUCGGCGACCUAGUGAUCCUAUAUGAUAAGCUCGUUAAGAACGAGCAGGCAGAAUCAUAUCCCCCGAUUUAUACCUUUUUAUCAGUAAAGCCGAACUGUAGUCGACGUAUGAUGGCAUUAGGAGAAAGUGCAAACGCUGGCCGCGGCUUGUCUGAAGUUGGUCUGUAUCGUGAUUCAUCGCCGUUGCAAGAGGAACAAGUGGAUGAUGUCGGCAGUCCUGAUACUAACUUUUCAACUGGUGAUUACGACGAUGGUGAUACCGGAAGUAUACUUGAACAGGAAAAUUUCAUCGAGACUGGAGGAUCGGACACAGGUGAACUUGAAAACUCGCCCCCUCUAGAUACUGAGGCACAGCUCGAACAUGCAUCGGUCCACGACGAGGGUUUUGAUGAGGUACCCGAGGGUUAUGACAAUGAGAACGAAGAUAAUUCCGUGGACGACUCCGCCAAUGCCGUUGAUGAUGAAUAUCAAACCUCUAUAUCUAAGCAGGGUAUUUGCCCCCUCCAUCUGCCCUAUGCCUCUCCUUGUACAGCGGACAGCACUUGCUUGUGCGAUAAUUGCUACGAAGUCGAGCUUAACUACCUCGUCACGUCACCACCAGCUGAAUUUUGGUCAGCUCCUAACACAAUCAUGCGUUCAUACAACAAUAACCCUAAACUUUUGACCUUAAUGGCUAACCAUCCUAUGCCUGAAGAUGACGCAACCAGCGAAUCAUUAGCAUUUCAAUCACAGGAAUUAAACGACCACAAUCAACAGCCGAACGUGGAGCCAUCUGAGACUGAUCAACCAAAGCCUCUCGCAUCUGGAUUAACACCAGUAAACACGAUAGCAGCUGCUCCAAAUUCAGAGCAUACUAGUGUCACAGCUACCCUUGACGGCGAGGACUACAACGAAGAGCACGACGAGAUUGACUACAACUCCGACGAAGACGAAGUUGAAGAGAUAAUUCAUGUUGGCACCGACGGAGUAGAUGUGCAAAAGCAGUCCUUGUCGCAGAAAUCACAGGAACCAGUUGAUGACGAGAUCACGUGGGAAUCGGAUGAUGAAGAAGAAGAAGAUAAGAAUGAAACACAAGGUGAUUCGCCCAAAGAUACGGUACAAGUGUCAUCGCUAUCUAGAAAACGGAGUCAAGCGGAUUCGGACGGCUUGGAUGACGCAGGUGAAAAGACCGGUAUGGACCCUUCACAUCUAAUAUCAAAUCAGCCUACUGACUUGGAGCAGAACACAAGCGUCUUCGGUCUUGAUACCUUGCAGCCGUACCGUGACUCCAGAAUUUCCGACUUUCUACUUCUACAAACCUCACUAAGCACAGCAUCAAGCCCUCGUAACUGGAUAUUGUUGAUCCUACACUUCCAGCAUCGACGAGGAAUCCCCGACCCCACCCUACCUUUUCGACGACUACUCAGGAUCACUAACAAAAUUAGUAUUUUUGCGCGGCCAUUUAGAGCUUGGGCAUAG